AUGAGUCGGUUCUCCUGCAUCUUUCCUACCCUGACGGAUGGCUACUUGGGCACCGAUCAAGUGGCCUUUUACGUUGUGCCUACGACUGGUCCGGAUACGACAGCAUUGGCCGAGUUGAAGGUCGAGGGAGACAUGUCUCGCCAGUCCCUCAAUUACGCUGCCAAUCACUUGUUGCACCCAGGUCUUGUGGGUGCCGGCCAGGUUUCCGGAGAGACUGCAAAUACCAUCGUCACCUUUGCGGACGAUAUUGAGUCCCUAUUUGUGACACAGACCGAGGAGUCCUUCCUAUCAUUGCAUGUUUAUCGUGAUGAGCAAGGACACAUUUCACUAUCACUUACCUACUACCUAUCUCUGCUGACCGACGCGCAGGCAACAAAUGUGGGUACUGCCUUGGUCCAGGCGCUGGCCGAGGUAGGGACAUGCGACAACGACAGGCUAAUCAAGGACCUCAACCUUAUGAGUCCGGCACACCUAGAGCACAUCUGGCGGUUUAAUGCCGAUGUCCCCGGUAUAUGGGAAGAGUGUUUCCAUGAUGUGAUUGAGCGUCACGCCGCAAACCGCCCACACUCCCUGGCGGUCGAUGCCUGGGACACGAAGCUCACCUACACCGAUCUCGUAAGGGAGGCACGCCUGCUCGCAGCGUACCUCCAGCAGCGCGGCGUAGGUCCAGGAUCUGUGGUCCCCAUUUCCUUUGAACGGUCGGGCGCAGCUCUGGUUGCUAUGCUGGCUGUGUCCAAGGCCGGCGGAGCCUUUGUCAGUGUGCCCCCGAAUCUCCCUGCUGGACGACUCGACGCCAUCCUGGAAGUCAUUGAAGCACCGUUUGUGGUAACUUGGACCAAGUACGAAUCAUUCUGGGCUGAACGUCUGCCUACGCUCCCUAUCGACAAUUAUCCCAAGCCGGCUGCAGACGCGACGGUGGAAGCCCUCGGAAAGCCAGAGGACCUUUUCUACGUGAUUUUCACUAGCGGCUCGACAGGCCGACCGAAAGGUUGCAUGCUAUCCCAUACGAACUGGUUAAAUGGUGCUCUCCGUAGCGCCCCUAAUUGGAAAUAUGGCCCCGAGAGCCGUGUCCUGCAAAUGCUCAGCCACACUUUCGACAUGAGUCUGUUGGAGAUCUGCACGAGUCUAGGAUCCGGCUCUUGCGUGUGUGUGCCACGCGCAGAGGAAAUUGAAACCAGCAUAUCCGACGCCAUCAACAGGUGGCAGGUUAACCAUGUUAUCAUGACACCUUCACUUGCCCGCGCCCUGAGACCGGACGACGUGCCCGGGUUAAAGACAAUGUGCCUGGGCGGUGAAGCCUUCCCCAAGGAGAUAGUCACCAUGUGGUCUGAGCGGAUUAAUCUCUGGCAGUUCUAUGGCCCCAGCGAGUGUUCCAUUAAUUCGUCGUCGCGGCCGAUUACACGGCCCGAUGCGGAUCCAUUGAAUAUUGGUCCUCCCAACUCGGCUGCUUGCUGGGUAGUAGACGUACACGAUUACAAUAAACUGGUUCCUGUUGGCGCUAUUGGAGAGCUACUUGUUUCUGGGCCCAUUGUCGGCAUGGGAUACCUGAAAAAUCCUGUCAAGACAGCCGAGGCCUUCCUUGAUGAAGUUGGAUUUGUGGCGAAGGAUGAUCCCCAGUUUGGUGGACUCCGAUUCUACCGAACAGGUGAUCUCGUGCGUUGGAACUCUGACGGUACUAUCACCUUCUGCGGCCGUGCUGAUACGCAAGUCAAGCUCAAUGGCCAGAGACUCGAACUGGCGGAGGUGGAAUAUCAACUGGGGCUGGAGGCUGGCGUUCAGUAUGCCAUUGCCAUGGCACCUCAGGCGGGCCUGUGCAAGAACAACCUCAUUGCUAUUCUCACCGUCAAGGGUACCAGCACUGGCAACCAGGAUACGGCCGCGGACGAGAUUCCACUGCUGGAUCGCCGCGAUCCGGUCGUCCAGGAGACAGUGAAAAAGUUGCGUUCGCAACUUCAGCACGCUUUACCGCGGUACAUGGUACCGACCAUCUGGGCAUUCGUUGGCCGCAUGCCCAUGUCAGCCUCUGGAAAGAUUGAUCGCGUACAACUGCGGGAUUGGGUACAGAAGAUGAGCCAGGAGACUUUCGACGCAAUAACUGGCCGCAGCUUGGAAGCCGAAGAUCAUGUUCUCGGCCUCAGUCGGCUAGAGCGGGAUAUUCAGCUCGCCUGGGCUGAGGCGCUGGGUUUAUCCGCCGCCGAAGUAGGACUGCAGCAGCCAUUUGUUGCGCUGGGCGGGGAUUCCAUCAAGGCCCUAGAUGCCGUAGCCAGAUGUCGAGCUCGUCAAAUCAAGAUUAGCAUGGUGCAUAUCUUGUCUUGCGAAGGCGUCCGAGAGGCUGCCUCUUUGGCAGAAGUGCAGAUAACCCCUCCUCAGCAGGUGGCGGAGAUGGCAGUGGAUUACUCGAACCUCUGGACCCGGUUAUCAUACGACUACGAUCUUGACAAGCUAGGUGUAACGCAAGUUGAAGAGGUAGAGGAUGUUUUCCCCUGCACCACCAUGCAAGAGGGCAUGUUCCUCGGCCAGAUUCGUCGGCCUGGAGCUUACCACAUGCGCUUCUUCCACCGCGUGCAGCUGAAAGGUGGUUGCCUGCCUACCGUCGAACGCAUCCAGCAGGCCUGGGCAUCCCUUGUCGAGAGACAUCCUUCACUACGCACAGUUUUCGUGGAUGACCUGUCCCCAGAAGCCAUAUACCAUUCGAUCGUGUUGCGGUCGGUUCCAAUGGAGCUUAGAAUGCGUGAGGUGCCGCGCGACCUCAGCGCUGAAGCCGCCCUCGCCAUGUUCACGGAGGAGCUUGUGCCAUUUCCUGCCAAUGCCCCCUUACACCGCAUGCUUUUGCUUACCUGCCGGGGAAGGGUACUGUAUUUUAUGUUGGAAAUCUCUCACGUCAUCAUGGACGGCUAUGCGCUGUCGGUUUUCCGACGCGAGUUCAUCCGCGCUUGCUCCUCCAGUACCCCCCUACCGCGAGGCCCAGACUACCGCAUGUUUGUCAACUACAAUCGCACACGGCAAACCGACGACAGUGCGAGGUAUUGGACUAACUACUUAGCUGACUGUGUACCGUGUCACAUCCCUACUCAUGCAGUGAGUGCACCGAGUGAUGACCCCCCUGAAUGGCCUCGGACGCUGCAGCGGCGCGACUUCGGCUUUGACAACAGUGCGGCGUUCCUGCAGCGAUGCAAAGAGCGCCAGGUUACACUCGCUUGUGCGAUCCGCGCUGCAUGGGCGCUGGUGCUGCGCGCCUAUACCCAAUCAGAGGAUGUUUGCUUCGGCUACGUCUCGUCCGGACGCAACGUGCCGGUGCCCGAGGUCGAGACCAUCUUUGGUCUGUGUCUCAGUAUGCAGGUCUGUCGAGCAAGACUAAGCGAGGCUUCCACGAUUGCUAGUCUCGCUAGGAAGAUCCAGGAGGAUUAUGUCGCUAGUUUGCCGUUCCAGCACUACCCGUUGGCUGAGGCACAACGCGGGCUGAAGCAAGCACACGGACAGGGGCUAUUCAACACGGCGAUCUCCAUGGAAUGGGUGCCUCCGAGUGUAGAGGAUGAGGAUGCCUUGCUGGAUUUGGAGGAAAUUCGUGAACAAGAUGACCCGACUGAGUACGACAUCGCCAUCAGUGUGGAUGUCCAUGAAGGCCACAUAAAACUGGGCUUCCUCUAUUGGCCUAAUUUGACGGACUUCGAUAUCGCCCAUCUAGCCGAGGCCCUGCGGGGUGCCAUGAACCGCUUUGCCUUCCAGCCCGACGAGGCUCUCAACACUCUCAGUCUACUGCAGGCUAGUGAUGUGUGCUCCGCCCUGGCUGGCGGACCUACGCUGCUGCCUCUCGAAGCCGUCCGCGGCAAUGUGGUGUCAAUGAUCGACCGCUGGGUGACGCGCCAGCCGGAAGGCGCUGCCAUCGAUGGAUGGGAUGGAUCCCUGAGCUACAAGGGACUGCAUGAGCAGUCUUCCUGGGUAGCUCGCAAUCUUCUCCACCAAGGCGUACAACUCGGAGACCGCGUUCUGGUGUGUGCAGACCGGUCGAGUCGUACCGUAGCCACCGUUCUAGGCAUCGUGCGGGCCGGAUGCGUGCUGGUGCUCUCGAACCCAACGGACCCAGAGAAGCGCCUCCAAUGGCUGGCAAAUAAGUGCAAUGCUGCCCUGAUCGUCGCCGAUCCUACAUACGAAGAACGUUUUGCGACUGCUGGUGCCCGUGUACUAUCAACGACCUCUGUCUGUGCCCCAGCAGCCUGGGACUACGAGUUCCCAUCUCUAGACGAACAUGACCUCGUCAGCAUUCUCUUCACUUCCGGAAGCACUGGCACCCCGAAAGGCAUUUUGAUGGAGCAUGGCGCACUCGCGACCAGUGUGCUCCUUGGUCAUGGCCGUACAUUACGCUUCUCGCGCCACACCCGCAUGCUGCACUUUGCCUCGUUGACCUUCGACGCUGCCUUGGCGGAGAUGUUCACUACCUUGGCACAUGGCGGGUGUAUCUGCGUGCCUUAUGAGGAAGAUCGUCUUUCUGACGUGCCUGGUUGUAUCUCCCGCUUUGCGGUCAACACGGCUAUGCUGACCCCCUCGGUCGGGAGGCUGUUGGACCCCGGGGCUCUGCCAACAUUGAAGACCCUGAUAAUGGUCGGCGAACCGAUGUCCCGGUUGGAUGUGGAGCGGUUCGCUCCGGUGCUUGACCUGUACAACGGUGCAGGGCCUACAGAAACAUCCAUCAUGGUUACAAUCGCCGGGCCGAUGAAACCUACUGAUGAGCCAGUAAAUCUGGGCUAUGCUGUCGCUGGGGUCAGGUUGUGGGUGACUGAGGCCGAGAACCCUAAUCGACUGGCUCCGUUGGGAGCAGUCGGCGAGUUGAUCGUCGAAGGCCGCUUGGUCACUCGCGGAUAUCUGGAUGACCCAGCACGGACGCAGAAAGCCUUCCUUCCGAGUUUGCCAUGGCUUCCAUCACAACAUGCCUUGUACCGAACAGGUGAUUUGGUGCGGUAUGCUGACGAUGGUAGUCUACGGUAUAUGGGACGGAAGGACACGCAGGUCAAGUUGCGCGGACAACGCAUUGAGUUGCAAGAGGUCGAGUAUCAUCUGCGAAAGAGCUUGCAGCAAGCACAGAUUGUGGUGGAGAUGGUCGUUCCGGCGGGGAAGAUGCGUGCUCAGGCUAGCCUGGUCGCUUUUGUCAGUGGGCUGACUGCGGCAGAUGUUGAGUCAUCGUCUGCAUGUAACUUGGAAGGAACGAUACCUAUCUCGCAAAUUGUCUUACCCAAGAGUGCGUUUCAAGCGCUUGAGGAAGUCCUGCCCCGCCAUAUGAUACCGUCGGUGUAUUAUGCCCUUGACACUAUUCCGCUGUCGGUCAACGGCAAGGUAGAUCGGCGGCGACUGCGUGAGAUGGGUACCUUGCUGCUAGCAUCUAGUGCCGCCCAUAAGAACAUCAUUGAAGGAAUGAGCAAGUCCGUCAAAUGGACGCCAGCAUCGGAGCUGGAGCGGACACUGUUGGAGUUGUGGGCUGCGACACCGGGACUCGAGGCUGAUACAAUCCACGGCGAUGACAGCUUCCUUGAAUUAGGCGGUGACUCUGUCUCUGCCAUGAAGUUGGUAGCCACAGCUCGGGAUAAAUACAAGCUGUCUUUGAGCGUUCCCCAGAUGUUCAGAUACCCGACUAUUUGUCAGUUAGCCGCCGAAGUUGGGGGACCCGCUGGGCAGUCAGCAAGCUCAGCUUCAUCCACAACGGAGGAAGGGUUUACAUUCAGCACGCCAGACGACUCUUCCACUAAUGACGGAGUCGACGACGACUUCUUACAGCUGGCCGCUGCCCAGCUGGCCCAAUUAGCCCAAGAUAAGGGCAAGAAGGUGGAUAUUGCUGCUCUUCUGAAGCAGCUGCAGGGCGGUUCCUCUUCCAAUAAGACUCUGUCCGUGUCUUUCUCUUCUUCAUCAUCUUCGUCAUCUAAAAGGAAGAAGAAGGCGGCCCUGGCCGAAGCAGCAGCUCCUAUCCCUGUGCAAUUUUCCUUGUUGGAUGGUGGCGCUGAUGUUCUGGAUAAGGUCCGUGCACAGGCUGUAGAGCAUUGCAAGAUCCCACACGAGGAUAUUGAAGAUAUUUAUCCCGCCACAGCUUUGCAAGAGGGGAUGAUGGCACUCACGGCCCGCACACCUGGGGUUUAUACCACAACUUUGACCUGCGAUCUUUCCGAGCAGGUCAAUCUCGCACGGCUGCACUACGCCUGGGGUAAAGCUGCUGAGGCGCAUCCGAUCCUCCGGACCCGGAUUAUCCUGACCGACAACAACAUGGCAGUGCAGGUUGUGCAGCGUGCGAAAGGGCUUCCAUGGGACACAUAUUCCUUGCGAGAGGGCGACGUUCUCCCGGACCUAACGUCGAACAUGACCUCUGGAUCUCCCCUUCUGCGCCUGGCUGUAGUACACCGGCAAAGUCAACCUCGGAUGUUCCUGGUGGCCAUUCAUCAUGCUCUCUACGAUGGAUGGUCGAUGCCACUCCUCAAGCAGGCAGUUGAGGAUGCCUACCAUGGUCGGGACUUGCGGCCACAGCUCUUCACCCUGUUCAUCAAACACCUCAUUGCGGGCAAACCGGCGGCACAGGACUUUUGGACCACGCAUCUGGACAGCUUCGCAGGAGGCGUGUUCCCUAAUUUGCCCAGCGUCGACCACCAAGUUCAGCCGAAGGAACGCCGAGCUCGCUCACUGACUCUGCCAACAGCGACCCCCAGAUCCCAGUAUAGCAUGGCGACAAAGAUUCAAGCAGCUUGGGCCCUGACUGUGUCGCGAUAUGCAGAGGCUAAUGACAUUGUCUUUGGUACUGUUAGUACCGGACGUUCGGCGCCUGUGCCAGCCAUUGAUCGUAUGGUCGGUCCCACCAUUACGACUGUACCUGUUCGCAUCUCGCUCGGUGACCAAACAGAGCGAGUCAUCUCAAUACUGCAGAGGGUACAAGAGAAUAGCUGGAACAUAAUGGAUCAUGAACACCUGGGCCUACAGCAUAUCCGCCGUCUCGGUGAAUCUGCUGCUGCCGCUUGUAGCUUCCAGACGCUGCUAGUAAUUCAGCCGCGUGAACAGACUGACACCAAGUAUCGUUAUACGUUGCUUUCAGGAUUGCAGGAUGUGGCCGAAUUCGAGGGCGUGGAUACGUAUCCGCUAAUGUUGGUCUGCGAGCCUGACGGUGCCAGACUGCAUUUGACUGCCGUAUUUGAUCCAGCCGUUCUGGACGGAGCCACGUUGGACCGAAUGCUCGCUCAUUGGGAGCUCGUUCUAACCCAGCUGUGGAAUGAGUCUGAUAUGGCAGUAAUUGAACUGGAUACUGUAUCGUGCACUGACAAGGAGACACUGAUGCGAUGGAAUACUGGACAAACAAUCCCUAACGCGUGUGCCCAUGACGCUGUGUAUGAGUGGAGUGUCCACACCCCCCAUGCACCCGCUGUCUGUGCUUGGGACGGGGAAUGGACCUACGAGGAAGUAGAGAGGUGCUCAUCCCUCAUAGCUGGUCAUAUUCUCGCCCAUGGUGUAUCCUGCGGAGACUCUGUCGCUCUUUACCAUGAAAAGUCACGGUGGGGCGCGGCCGGAAUUCUCGCGGUGUUCAAAGCCGGCGCCAUUCUGAUUGCUCUUGACCCGACUCAUCCCACAGACAGAAUCAAGGAUAUCCUGGAUCAAGCACGACCACGUCUCAUCCUGACCUCCCAGUUCCUCCUCGAUGAGGCAAGGAAUCUUGAGACAUCGGUCCUGAGCGUACAGUUCGCAGCGUCACAACCGUUGCCCGAAGGAUGCUCCCCUCUGCCAAAAAUAAACUCCACCCAGGCUGCAUAUAUCCCCUUUACCUCGGGAUCAACAGGUCGACCAAAGGGGAUUCCCCUUGAUCAUCGUGGUCUGGCGGCUUCAACUGCAUCAAUAGCUCGUUCCUGCCUACUCAGCCCAGCAUCUCGGGUCCUUCAUUUUGCCAGCUUCGCCUUCGACGCCAGCAUGAUGGAACACCUGAUAGCAUGGCACGCUGGUGGCUGUCUAUGUAUCCCCGAUGAAACUGCAAGGCAGACGGACCUGGCCAAGUGUAUCCGGGAUUUCAACGUUACUUGGGCUUUUCUCACACCUUCCUGCCUAAGACUAAUUACCCCCGACGACGUUCCGUCCCUCCAAGCCCUGGGACUAGGUGGGGAGUCUAUGACGUCCGAAGAUAUCAUCAUCUGGGGCCCGAGACUCCGUCAGAUCAUCCAGCUAUAUGGUCCUGCAGAAUGUUGCUUUGUGGCUGCAUUAAAUGAAGUGACAAAACCAUCUGAGAAUCGUUUGAUCGGGAGACCCAACGCCUGUCGAUGCUGGGUAGUUGACCCACGGAGCCCAGAUCGCCUAGCGCCCAUAGGCGCUGUCGGGGAAUUGAUAAUUGAGGGGAUUACUGUCGGUCGGGGUUAUAUUAACAGUCCUGACCGAACCACUCGGGCAUUCAUACGGCCUCCUAAUUGGCUUCAAACACUGUAUCCUGACGACCAUGAGCCAAAGCGGCUCUAUCGAACCGGUGACCUCGUGCGUUAUGCUGGUGUGGACGGCAAGCUGGCCUUCAUCGGGCGAAGAGACAGUCAACUCAAGCUUCACGGACAACGUAUUGAGUUGGCGGACGUCGAAGCUCACCUCCGUCCUCUAAUACAUGGGACGCAAAAGAUGGUUGUCGAGAUGGUUCACAGUGCAGACAACCAGAAUCCCAUUUUGGCUGCCUUUCUGGAAGAAAUGUCAACGUCACAAAAUUCCGCAGAGCGAGAGGUUGGACUAUUGCACCCAAGUCAAUCCCAAUGUGCCCUAGACGUUAUGGCCAUUCAUAGCGCGUUAUCUCGAACGGUUCCACAUUACAUGAUUCCCAGCAUGUAUCUACAUAUUUCGCGUCUGCCUCUAAGUGCAUCUGGAAAGCUGAACCGCCGCCAUCUGCGCGAGAUGGUAGCAGAGCUUCCACGCCAAAGGCUCAACGAGUACGCUGCUGGAUCAAGCCUCAGCGUUCCUGACCGACCAAAAACAUCCCAAGAGCAGGAGAUGCAGGCUAUCUGGGCCCGAGUAUUGUCACUUGACCCGAACACAAUUGGAGUCAACGAGGACUUUUUCCGCAUCGGCGGUGACUCAAUUUCCGGGAUGCAAGUCGCCACAAAAUGCAAUGCGGCUGGCAUCCAUAUCACUAGUGCGGAUAUCUUCCGAUACCGUACCAUCGAGCAACUGAUAUGCCAUCUUAAUUUUAUCAGAAUCACUGACUGCGCGUCAGUCUUGCUACCUGCAGAGCCGGUGGACGAAUGGGUUGCUCUAGCCCCUAUCCAGCAACUGUUCUUCGAAGUUGCCCCAGAGGGGCCGAAUCACUUUAACCAGAGCCUGCUCCUUCGCACUAGUCGCCGGGUCAGUGUAGGGGAACUCGCCGGAGGCUUGGACAUUCUCGUUGGAAGGCAUUCUAUGCUACGCGCGAGAUUCUGCCGCAAGGAUUCCGGCCAGUGGUUCCAGCAGGUAAGGUCACUGGAUUCUGAGCCUGCUAGUGCCUUUUACCGGUUGGCUGCGCACAACCAGAUCACUCGUGAGUCGCUACCAACACUUUUUACAGCGGCUCAGAUGGCAUUGUCUAUUGAGGAUGGGCCGCUCUUGACUGUGGAUCUGGUAGAGCUCGAGGACGGUAAUCAGCUCGUCUACCUGGCGGCCCAUCAUCUCAUUAUUGAUUUUGUCUCGUGGCGCAUUUUGCACGGGGAUCUGGAGGAAUAUUUCCAGACAGGCUCUCUGAGUUCCGCUACAGGGUCGGUUCCUUUCUUAACCUGGACUCAAUUACAGGCCGAAUACAGCGCCGAACACCUCCCCCCCCUAAACGAUGACUUUGAUGUCAUGAGGUACUGGGGAAUUUCUUCCGAGUCGAACACGUUCGGGCAAACCUCAAUAUCCAGAUUUACCUUGGACCGCACUGUGACUGACAUCCUCUUCGGAAGCGCCAACAAUGUGAUAGAUACUCGACCGGUUGAGAUUUUGCAGGCCGCCCUCUGGUACUCUUGUAAUCAAGCCCUCACUGACCAUCCGGGUCCAAGCAUUUAUGUUGAAAGCCAUGGGAGAGAGCCUUGGACGAAUUCCAUCAACGUCUCGGGAACGGUUGGUUGGUUUACGACCAUGUCUCCUUUAGUAUCCACUCCAUGGGAUCACCUAUCACGGAAAUCAAUGCGGGACUUCGUCGAUGUACUCAGCUAUAUCAAGGACCAGCGCCGACGCAUUCCGGCAAACGGAUGGGCAUACUUCACUUCUCGCUACCUGAACGACGAAGGCAGGGUUGCAUAUGGGCGGACAAAGCCGGUUGUGGAAGUUCUGUUUAACUACAUGGGCCAGUACCAGGAGAUGAAGCGUGACGACGCCAUGCUACAGCUGGCUGGCGAUGAUAUCCAGUCCGGCACUGGUGCUUCAGACAUUGCCGACAACGUGCCACGCUUUUCGUUGAUCGACGUUACCGCGUUCACUGCGAACGGGUGCCUAACCUUCGAGUUCACAUUCCCGCAAUUGAUGCAGCAGGAUGCUCGACUGGAACAGUGUAUUAAGGAGUGUGAACGUACUCUCGUCGCCGCGGCUAGUUCACUGCCAGCGGAAGGACCCCGCAAGACGUUGACUGACUUUCCCCUUAUGUCUGCGCUCACCUACGACCAACUGAGCCAGUGCCUCAAUUAUACGUUGCCUUCGAUGGGUCUACGUGCCCAAGACGUCUGGAAUAUCUACCCUUGCUGCCCCGUGCAACAGGGCAUGUUGCUGGCCCAGCUGCGCGAUCGGCAGGCAUAUCAGCAACGAUUCAGGUUCCAGGUUAUGUCUCGCGGGCCAACAGACCAACUUCCAUUGGAAAAGGUGAAAGAUGCUUGGACGGAAGUGAUCAAUCGACAUGAAAUCCUCCGUACUCUCCUUCGCCCAGUUUCAGAUCACAGCCACUUUGACCAGGUAGUCAUGGUCCCUGGUAGCCUUCAGCACCUGGUUCGAAUUAAUGCGAUGAAUGACAAUCCCACAGAGGGCCUACCUCACACGAUCAACAUCACCAGCGACUCGACUGGCACCACUAUCUGCGAGUGGAAUGUCAGUCAUGCAUUAGUCGAUGCUAUGUCGAUAGCUGUCAUUCAACGGGAGGUCAAUCAAGUGUUCGAAGGUGCGCUGGGACAGCAUCGAGAUGUACCGCAAUACGUGGAUUACAUUCAAUGGCUUUCUCUGCAAGACAACACCGAAGCGCAGGCAUAUUGGCAAAAUUAUCUCAAUGGGGUGGAACCAUGUCUCUUUCCAAAGCUGACGUCUUCGCCAGAUAAGGUCGAUUCGGAGGGUACUAUCUCUGCCAUUCGUGCCACCUGGUCCCGCGAUGCUCGGAUGGACGAGCUGUGCCUUAGGCACGCUAUCACAUUGACAAAUCUAUUCCACAUUGUCUGGGCCAUCGUGCUCGGCGCUUAUGUGGGCACUGAUGAAGUUUGUUUCGGCUAUACAGCCCUUGGCCGAGAUGUGCCUGUCAACCGGGUUGAGACGAUGGUCGGCCCUUUAGUCAAUGUUCUUGCCACGACCGUCCGACAUCAAGAGGACGAGACAAUCUUGAAUGCACUCCUCGUCCAUCAAGCCCACCUCACUAAUAGCCUCCAACAUCAACAUUAUGCGUUGGCAGACGUGUAUGCGUCUUUGGGACUGGUCGGAUCUCAGCUGUUCAACACUAUCGUAUCGUUGCAAGAUACAUCUCACUUCGAUGCUCCAGACGAGCAAAGAGCCCGGCUCGAAAUGCUACCUGCAAAUGAUGUCUCAGAGUAUGAUGUGGCCCUCAAUAUCGGUGUUGACAAAUCCUCUAUUCAGCUGGUCUGCAGCUACCAAAGCGUAUCUCUGUCCGCGGAGCAGGCCGACGCACUACUGCGAACGGCCUUUCAUGUACUGGGUGAAAUCCUGAGGGACCCCACCCAACGAUUUUGUGAGCUCGAGGUGAUCAGCCCUAAGUGUAAAGAGCAACUUGUGAGAUGGAACGCUGGCAUGCUUGCCCCGACCGAUGAAUACAUCCAUGAGAAGAUACAAGGCCAGUGCCGUAUCCACAAUUCCCGACAAGCCGUUUGUGCCUGGGACGGCAUGUUUACCUACGCCGAAGUCGACGAUUUGUCUUCACGCCUGGCAGCACGGCUCAUUAGAAUUGGGGUUACCUUCGAGGACAUCAUCCCAAUCUACUCACCCAAAUCCCGAUGGACGGUCAUCGCCAUUCUAGGGGUUCUAAAAGCUGGGGCUGCCUUCACGCUUCUGGAAACAUCACAUCCAAUGGCUCGACUGCAUGUGAUAUGCGACCAGAUCAAGGCUCCUAUGAUUAUCGCACCAGCAUCGCAUGCCGUUCCAGCGGCCAAUUUGAUUCCUAUUUUAGUCGUGCUCGACAACAUCACGUCCUUGACCCAGGAAAAAUCAGACCUCUUACCGGCUGUCGGUAUACCACCAGCUGGAGAAGCUCUCGCCUAUCUUAUCUUCACAUCAGGUUCCACGGGAAACCCCAAGGGGGUAAUGGUCACCCAUCAAAAUUUGUGCAGUAAUGCGUCAAUCAUCACAACGUCUGUCAACAUGACUUCCGACAGCCGGGUGCUACAGUUUGCAUCACAUGCAUUUGAUGGGUGUAUCUUGGAGUUACUGGGUGCGCUGAUCGCAGGUUCCUGUCUGAUCAUCCCGUCCGAGUCGGAGAACAAGGAAGACCUGGCUGGUUGUAUCGAGCGCAUGGACGUCACCUGGGCACUUCUGACCCCUUCCGUCGCAAGGAUCUUGGAGCCAGAGACUCUUCCCAGACUCCGUAAUUUAGUCCUGGGUGGCGAGCCGAUAGCUGCUUCGGAUUUAGAUAUGUGGCGGGGACACGUCCAGGUGGUGUGUGCCUAUGGCCCAACCGAAACCACCAUUAUCGCUAGUACGACAUCACCCUCCACGUUUCCCACGGAUGGUAAGGAUAUUGGCUUGCCAAACGGAAGCUCCAUUUGGGUUGUCUCCAGGCAGAACUAUCAAAAGCUGGCGCCUCUUGGAGCCACAGGCGAGCUUUUGAUUGAAGGACCCAAUGUAAGCCUGGGUUAUCUUGGUGAUCCAGAGAAAACCAAAGAAGCCUUCCCGGAUUCUCCACGCUGGCUGUCACAGCUCCGGAAAUCGCCUCCCAGGGUCUACCGAACCGGUGACUUGGUUCGCUUCGAUACAACUACGGGCACCAUUCGCUUCGUGGGACGCAAAGAUAACCAGAUCAAGUUCCAUGGGCAGCGCAUCGAGCUCGGUGAGAUUGAACAUCAUGCUCAGUUGGCUUUUCCGAGUGCCAGCAUGGUCAUCGUCGAUUUGAUUACCCCUGAACAACCUCAACAGCCAUAUAUCGUUGCAUUCGUACAUCAAUCAGACGCAACGAAUGAAACGACUGACACAACCGACAGCCUCCUGCUUCCUCCCUCCGAAGCCUUCCGAGCAGACGCUCUGGCAGCGCAGAACAAGAUGCACGAACGACUCCCGCACUACAUGGUCCCAGCAGUGUUCCUCCCUUUGCAUCGGCUUCCUCUAUCAGUCACUGGCAAAGCCGAUCGGAAACAUCUCCGACAAUGUGCACUUGCUCUGUCCAGCCCUGAGCUUAAUACAUACCGCGCCACGGCCUCGACGAAGCAUACGCCUUCCACCGCAGAGGAGCGGAAAAUGCAGGAAUUGGUUGCAACUGUUCUGGGAAGGGACCCUACUGAAAUCGGCAUGGAUGACAGCUUUUUCUAUCUGGGGGGUGACUCCGUGCAAGCAAUGCGGCUGGUUGCUGAGGGUCGUCAGCAGGGGCUUGCCCUGUCCCUUCGAGCGAUUUUUGACUCUCCCCGUCUACGUGACCUUGCCGACCAGGCCAGAAGUCCAAACGCAGAUAAUCAGCGAGUGUCGACCGCUUCAUCAGCCGGUCCACGUGAUGAUUGCGACCAAAUAGACAGAAUAGUUGCAACUAACUCCCUCAACAAGGCUGACGUAGCUGAUGUCCUUCCCACAACCUCCUUCCAGCGCCACUGGCUAGAAGCACAACUGAAGAGCUACAUUGUCGUCGACAUAUCAGGCCCGGUCGACCCGGCCCGUCUUCUUAGGGCCAUGCAUCGUGUGGUGGAGGCUCACCCAAUUCUCCGAGUCUCAUUUGUGCCUUAUGAAACCACUACCCUGCAAGUUAUCCUCCGCACGGCAGUGGCCAUAACCAAUGCCGACCUGUCCACCACCACCGUGGAAGAAUUUUGCCGCCGAGAUGUAGAUGCCCAGAUGGCUCCAGGAGUGCCGUACUUGCGCGUCAUUCUAGCAACCCAAGACAAAGCCGACCAUAAACUAAUCAUGCGACUUUCUCACGCCCAAUACGAUGCCGUCUCACUUUCCCUCCUCAUGAAUGAUCUGAGUCAUGCAUACGCAAACGAGAUUCAUCCCUUACCUUCAACCCACUUCCCCCGAUUCAACGACUACAUUACCUACCAGCAAGCUCAGAGAGCCGAUCCCACAGCGACCACAUUUUGGCGUCAUCUCCUCCAAGAUGUCUCGCUCACCUACCUUAACCUCCAGCCAGCUGAGUCCUCGGCCAGCAAUGGAACUCCGAUUAUACUUUCCCGCGACAUCAACAUCGCUGCUUUCCCCUCACUUCCCAGCGAUAUUACCAUAGCCACAACGAUCAAAGCAGCCUGGUCCCUGGUCCUAGCCCAGAAGACCGAUUUUCUUGCCGUGAUAUUCGGCCAGGUCGUUCACGGUCGGGCUAUUGCCCUUCCUGGGGUUGAGGGAAUUGUCGGUCCCUGUGCCAAUGUCACGCCCGUUGUCGCACGCCUGGGUCUUCAGACUACGGGAAUGGAAUUAAUGCAAACAUUGCAAGACCAACAUCGCUCUGCUAUGCCGUACGAGACGGUGGAUCUUGAUGACGCGCUGGCGUAUGCCAAGGACUCCCAGGCCGGGCGUAAAGGGUUACAAACAAUCGUGCAGCAUCAGAAUAACGUGAUGGUUGAUGAUGUGGAGUUGUCGCUCGGAGAGGUGAAGUGUGGGGUAGAUGCCAGGGCAGUAGAUCAUCUGCCGAAAGAGGUAUGGGUCUAUUCGUCUGUUGAUGAGAAUAGACCGGGUAUGUUGGAGGUGAAGAUCAUGUCAUCGACGUUGGUGAUGGGUGAGGAGGUUGCGAAGGAGUUGAUGGGUUUGCUUGUAGAGAAGAUAGUGGGGUUGUUGAGGCAUCCGGAGAUUGUCUGUGUUUGAUUGAGCUUUGUUGGGGAGUCGGAGUAGAAUUUGGACGCAAGUAUAUAGAUUGU